CGGGCGAAGCUGUGUGCUUUCAUUGGUUUGCAACCACCAAGGCAAAGGGCAACCACAAGGUACAGUAGUAGCUCGCGCACGGAAGCCAGGCUGCUGCUGGGAGAAGGACGCAGACGGUCAUGUCGGAGAGUAGGAGCAAAGAUGCCCCUCAAAACGGGGCAGCCCAUAGCACCAUAGAGCCACAUGUGGCCAAACCAAAGGUUGGCAACAGAGUGACUGUAGUACUAGGGGCUCAAUGGGGCGACGAGGGCAAAGGGAAAGUUGUGGACUUGCUUGCACAGGACGCAGAUAUCGUUUGCAGAUGCCAGGGUGGCAACAAUGCCGGGCACACGGUAGUGGUGGACUCUGUGGAGUACGACUUCCACCUCCUGCCCAGCGGAAUCAUCAACCCCAAGGUCACUGCCUUCAUUGGUAAUGGGGUGGUGAUUCACCUGCCUGGCCUCUUUGAGGAGGCUGAGAAGAAUGUGCGCAAAGGAAAAAGUCUGGAGGGCUGGGACAAGAGACUGAUCAUUUCAGAUAGAGCACACAUUGUGUUUGAUUUCCACCAAGCGGUCGACGGUGUGCAAGAACAGCAGAGACAAGAGCAAGCUGGCAAGAACCUCGGAACAACAAAGAAGGGGAUUGGCCCGGUGUAUUCCGCCAAAGCAGCUCGAAGUGGUCUCCGGAUAUGUGACCUCAUGUCUGACUUCACGCAGUUCUCAGAAAGGUUUAAAGUCUUGGCCUCACAGUAUCAGUCCAUGUACCCGAGCCUGAAGAUUGACGUCGACGGGGAGUUGACGAGGCUGAAGGACUACGUGGACAAAGUGAAACCUAUGGUGAGAGAUGGGGUGUUCUACAUGUACGAGGCUUUACAUGGACCCCCCAAAAAUAUCCUGGUGGAAGGAGCCAACGCCGCCCUUUUGGACAUUGACUUCGGGACGUACCCUUUCGUGACCUCGUCUAACUGCACUGUGGGCGGCGUGUGCACGGGCUUGGGCAUGCCGCCUCAGAACGUGGGCGAGGUGUACGGCGUGGUGAAGGCCUACACCACCCGGGUCGGCAUCGGGGCCUUUCCAUCCGAGCAGUUUAAUGACAUUGGGGAUCUGCUGCAGACCAGGGGAAAGGAAGUGGGAGUGACUACGGGCCGCAAAAGGAGAUGUGGUUGGCUGGAUCUGGUGCUUAUCAAAUAUGCCCACAUGAUCAAUGGCUUCACUGCGUUAGCUCUCACCAAGCUUGACAUCUUGGAUGUGUUCCCUGAAAUCAAAGUUGGUGUAUCAUACUCUGUGGACGGUGAAAAUAUUCCUCAUUUUCCAGCCAACCAGGAAGUCUUACAGAAAGUGGAGGUUCAGUACGACACCCUGCCAGGUUGGAAAAGUGACACCUCCGCCACCAGAACCUUUGACGAGCUGCCAGAAAACGCCCAGAAAUACAUCCGCUACAUCGAGGACCACCUUGGUGUGCCUGUCAAAUGGAUUGGAGUCGGCAAGUCUCGGGAGUCCAUGAUCCGGAUCUUCUAGGAUGUGACGCAGUUACCGCCAGGCCAGGCCCUUACUCCCCUCUCCCUCCAGGUGGCUGCCUGGUUCCAGUGGGCUGCAACCUCGGCAGGUGGUCUAUGCUUGGUGCCACUUCUCUCUAGCCCCAGCUCGGUACCAUGUCCCACCCACUAGGGAGUUAAUGUCCUGUGCCUGAACAGUUAUGAAAACACGUGUGCCAGUUUGUAUAUAUGUAUUCUUAACACCUACUGAGCCAGUGGCCAUGAACUGCUUACAAUAGAAAAAGAAAAUGUACGUUGUUCACUUGGAUAACUGUCCAUGACAAUGCUGUUGUUACGGUGAACUUGUUCCGAGCAGCAUACGGCCGUGGCGUGGGAACGCUUACGUUGAAGCCGUUACAUGAGAUGUGGUCUUAAAUUGGCAUUUUAGAUGCGUCACAAUUUGAAAACCUCUAUAAUUUUGUCCCUUCACAAGAAAUUCCAGUUGGCUUUCUAAUUUCAAAGUAAUAAGGAAGUAACACUCACUACAGGAGAUCAAAACGGUGACGCGUGAAUGUAUUUCAAUGAUAUUAAAAUGUCCCCUUCAACACAAACAGACAAUGUAGAUAUGCUACGAGCUCCGGUCUCAGGACGUCUACACGAUCAUAUCUGUGUACAUAUUGGUUUAUUUUAUUGAUUUAGGACUCGUUCUGCAUCUGCUGAUUGUCGAGAUGUUUCUGCAAAUGUAGCACAUUAGAUGGCAGAUUUGUCUCCUGACUCAGGGACAAUUUCAUGAGACCUUUGCAUUUAUGAACUGGAGCUGUUCAAGUGAAAUGGCACAUAAACCAUUUGUUCUGUGCAAAUCAAUAAUAUAAAAUCUAAAUAUUUCAAAUUAAGAUUUUCUAAGACAAUAAGGAUCACCUGUAUGUGUAUGGAUUUAAUAGAUAACCUUCUGAAUGGUUUGAGUGGGUUUACAUGGAGUGUGAUGAGUUUGUUAAAGGUGUUAGCAAUUUAUCGCCCAGAAAGAGAUUUUGUCAGCCUUGUACAAGUCCCCGACCUGGUGACAACAUUCCUGUUUGCAUAGCCUGUGCUAUUGGCCUCCAGACAGUGCAUCUUCCCUGAUGGGGAUAUUUUACUCAAACCAUCUUUGUGUUUUGCAAGUUAGUCCCAGGCAAAAUGCAUCACCAAGAAGUGUAAUUUCUUUUAUGACCAUGCUGUUGAGAACUUGACUGUUGACAUGGGCUCUUAUUGCAGGAUUUUAUAAUCAGUGGACCAACAAACAAACAAAAUGUCAAGAUUUGUCUAAAAUAUCUCUUUGACGUCUCAUGGCUUAUAAUUAACUGUGCCUUGGGCUUCUGUUCAAGACCAUUGAAUGUUAUAUUUUUUUUAAUAAUUUUCCUUUAAAUCCCAACCUGGGUCCUGUUUUGAAUGCAGUUUAAUAAAUCCUUUCUACAGGCUAGUCCGUGAGCAUACAGGUGAGAUUGCACAGGUGGUUACACAGUCAUUUACGCUACAUCACUUGGGGACAAAAGUGGUUACAGUCAUUUACGUUACGUCACUAGGGAGAAAAGUGGUUACAGUCAUUUACGUUACGUCACUAGGGACAACAGUGUUUUUAAAUAGUCAAACAGGGUCCUGCUUCUGUGAAGUGUCUCCAAGGUUUCAUAGUGUACGGCUUUCACUGUCACCCCACAAUAAGUCAGUGUGUUGGAAGUAGUCCUGGCUGCCUUGGUGGGGGCUCAACAUUGGCUCCCAUUCUAACACUAACAACUUUCAGUGAAUUAGGCUUUGAGGAGCACCAUGUAAAAUCAGAGGACAAACAAGCCUCUUUUAGCCAAAAACAAAUGUCGUAGAAAUCGUUAUUUUCGUAAGUAAGGUUAAGGUUGGCUGUUUUAGGGGGAGACAAAGGAAGGACGACCUUCUCAACCAGAAGAGGGACAUGUAGAAUGUGCACAGUACAUUCAGAUAAUGCAGAUGAGUUCAGAUUUUAUUAGAUGUUUGCUGUACUGUGUAUUCCCCUCCCAGUAGUCUUCCGAAGUGACGUCUCAGUAAUCACAGUACUGAUGUUUCCUGCUUUUUGAUGGUGUCCUUUUUUAUUUUUUGAAAACCUUUGUGUGAUGACUGGGCUUUUAUUUUCUAACUCCAACUUUGAAUUGGUUUUCAUUGUAAAAGUGGGCAGAUAAACGCAUAUUUGCACAAUAUGUCAGUCUUUUCUGUUUUUAAAUGUUUUACCCACGUUGAUUUUCUGCAUUGUAUCUCUGCUGUAUUUACUUUAUAAAUGUGUGUAUAUAUAGAAAUACAGUGUCAUAUUAUCUUGGUGUUAUUGUAGCCUGUUGUUGAAUAUGCUUUGCUUUGUGUGCUGACUGGGAAUUGUGCAUGUAUGUCAAAUGUAAUUUGUAAAGUACUGGUCUUACUCUUUGUAACUAAAAGAUAAAAAGUAAUUUCCAUUUAAAUUCUGACAAUAGAUACCCUGAACAAAAUUCUGUCUAAUAAAAAAGGUAAUAUGAAAAGUU